CGUCCAUUCAUUCUCCUCCACUCUCAAAACUCCCACAACCCAUUCUUGAACGCCUGAACAAAGAGCAAAGUAAGUGACGACCAUGGCCAAGAAAAAGUCUGCAGCCCAGGUUCGACGGCUGAAGGCCCGUGCCGAGAAACGAGGCGAGGAGUACGUUGCCCCGGAAGUCGACAGUAAAGCGUCCUCGGCCGAGCAAGAUGAAUCGACGAAAACUACUUCCAAAGACACCACUACCGAGUCCACAACCAAAAAGACCAAGACAGAUUCGAAACGAAUUACAGCAGCCCGCAAGCUCAAGAAGGAGUUGUUGGAAAUCCAGAACCAGGAAGAUUUACGCGCCAAAGAACGUCGUUCUCUAAAGCGCAAAGCCGAAGCGAUUGCUGCGGAAGAAGUUGGAUGUUCGGUGGAAGAAAUGCAGCAGUGGUACCAAGACAAUCAACAUCUUUUAGAAGAAAAAACAGAAAAAGGAGACAAAAAAGGUGCUAGUAGUAGUCACAAGAAGACGCCUUAUAUUGUCUUUGUGGGACAAUUGGCGUUUACGACAACAGCACAAGCUCUGCUGGCACACAUUCGCACCGAACUGGCCGAGAGCGGAUUAUUCGCGAAAGAUGCCGUCUCGGAAGAAACGGUGAAAGUCCGCUUGCUGACCGACCCUAAAACGAAAAAAUCCCGUGGCAUGGCAUUUGUGGAACUGGCCGAUCCCGAGAUCAUGUACGCCUGUUUGCGGCUGCACCAUACGCUCUUGGAUGGUCGACGACUCAAUGUGGAACGUUCGGCCGGCGGUCGCAAGAAAGAAACACGAGAUGCCAAAAUCAAACAAUAUCGACAGGAACAAGAAGACUACCUCUCCAAUGUCGUUGACACCAUCAUGGCGGAAUUCUUCAAGUCGGGAGAACUCAAACAAGGAGAACUCGACGAGGGGGCCAUUGCCAUGUGCAAACGGUACAGUGCCGGAAUGGUCGAAACAGCCAUCAAACAAUACAUUGAAAACAAUGGUUCUACCAUGGACAAUACCAGUGCCUACUUUUCCUAUCUAUUGGCAAAAUUGGCUUCGGAGGGAAUCGAUAAUAACAAAGAUCAGCAGGGCAGCAGCAAUAAUCAUAAGAGAGGAGACAGACCACCAGACAGCAGCAAGCCAUCAUCGAACAACAAACGACCAAAGACAGAUUUCAACAAAAACAAACAAUCCACAACCAUUGCAUCCCGGUCCGCUCUGCCUCAAGUGGACUUUGGAAUAAGUGAGAAGAAGAGUGACAGCCACAAGAAACCCAAUCUUUCCGACAUGUUUCCAUCUCUCGCAUCCCGUGGUGGUGGAAGACGGGGGAGGGGGAGAGGCUACAUGUAGAUAGAUGGCUGCACAGGAACGAUUAUUGCAGAAAAUCAAUGAAUCGGAAUUGUAUCAUUUACAUGAUGUAACUCUGGCUACGCAUGACGAAAGUCUAUUUAUUUCAUCGCCUUCCACCAUCAAAGAGUAUUGGUCUGUCAAUCGCCCCUGUCGCCAAAAUUUCACCAAAGACCUCCGACGCAACGGC